AUGUCUGCCCCUAACGCCAACGCACCCAACGAGGGAAUCGUCGGUCAGAUCGCCAACUCGGUCUCCAACGCCGCCAACUACGUGUCCGAGUCUCUCCAGGGCAAGUCCGCCGAGGCAUCCAAGGAGGCCAACAAGGAGCAGGCCAAGGGCAACGUCCCCGGCAACAACUCCAUCACCGACCGUGUCUCCGGCGCUCUCGGUGCCGCCUCCGACAAGGCUGAGCAGUCCAAGCACGAGGCUUCCAAGGAGGCCAACAAGCAGGGAAUCUAA